AUGAUGGGUCUCAGUUUUGACCAGAAUAUGAAGGAUUCGACCGACUCCGAGGGCAAAGAUUCUUCCAUGGUGGGACCGUCGCAUGAUUCACAGCGAGACAAUCAGACGGAGACGAUGCCUCCGCAGAGGUCAACGACUCUCAUGGCAUAUAAUUCUCCGCCUCGGAUCCUCGUGGACCCCCUAUUUCAGGACUUGAACCCACUGAUGCGGUUCUACGUCGUUCAUUUCAACCAGAAUGUAGCAAACAACCUGACCUUGUACACCGACGUGCAAAAUCCGUUUCUAGAACUCACCCCCCUGAUUGGUGGAUCGCCCGGUCUCACCUAUGCUCUCACUGCCACCGGAGCUUUGCACUAUGCAAUCAUGGCCCAUGAUGACGGCUCACUCAUGCCGUGGUCGGCGGACGGUACCAAUUUGACGGGGUCCUGGCUGUCCGUGCAAGAGGUCGAAGAUGCUGCGAUGAGCUCCAUGGCGCGGCGCCCAUCGUCCAAGGCGUACGAGCAGUUUCUCGGGCUGAAACAACGCGCGCUGCAGCAAUUGUCACGUGAUAUUGAAGACCCGGUCCUGCGCAACGACACCCGGACUCUAAUCACUAUCGUGGUCUUCGCCUUGAUGGAUGCCAUCGAAUCGGGAGGUGGAGCGUGGAAAUACCAUCUGGAAGGCGCGAAAAGACUGCUACAGACGCGGCAACAAGACAAUAAUCGGAACCAGGCACAGGGAAUCAUCGAAUGGCUAGACACAUCCGCCAUUGACGGAUGCCUCAUCAUCCAACUCAUGGGGUCCACACUCGCGCGACCAGGCUCCCUCUCAAAGCCAUUCUACUCAACUACCGACAUGUCAGCGGCGGUCUUAAAACGUCUGGAGGAAACAACGUGGGUAGGAUGUCCCGCCUACCUGCUCGAGGUCAUCUUCAUCGUCCACGCCUGGUGCUCUGAACCGAACGCCGGCCCCACCUCCCGCCCGAAGAUGAUCUUCCCGUCAGCCUUCUUGGCCAAGAACGCGGAUCCGCUCGAGUCGCCCCGGGCCUUCCUCCACCACAUCCAAGCCUUCGACCCAGCCGCCUGGGCGGAAACAAUGCAAAGUUACGUCUUUCUCCCAGACCUGACCAUGCGCCUUGCCCUAGCAACCAUCUACCGCGCCUCGGUCUACCUCUACGCAAGCCGCGUGCUCUGCCGGUCCCGCGAUGGACCCAUGCUCUCCCUCGCCAGCGGACUAGGCAUCCCAAGCGACCACAGCGACGUCGCCAACCUCCUCAUCCGACAGAUCACGCUGAUCCCCGUCGCAGACCCCCACUUCAAGUGCCUCAUCUGGCCGACGUUCAUCGCAGGCGCAGAGUGCCGCGACCCGUCGCUGCGCCCGUUCCUCAUGGAAAAACUCAGCGCCCUAUACUACGACAUCACCAGCAUCAAUGUCCGCAACGCGGCAUGGGUGUUGAGCCUGAUGUGGCGGAAGCGAGACCAGAAGCGGAUGGAGAAGGCCAGUCGUCGGUGGGAGUUUCCUUCUUCUCAGCUCACUCACGACAUGAACGAUGAUAACGACGACGAUGACGACUUCGAUUGGAUCCAGGAGCUGGACGAGUCGCGCAUUGAUUGGUUGUUCAUAUGA